UGGCUUGGCUUAUUGCUAAAGAAAACCUCAAGGAAUGUGAACGAGUUUCUGCUGAAAAAGUACAGACGUUUUCUAAAGCUGUACAUAUUGAAACGCUAUAGUCUCACUCGCUUGUAAACUUACAAUACAUCAUUCCCGUCCUCACUUAACUCUUUUAUAUUAUACAUGAUCAAUCCUUUAUGUUCCUCACUUAAAUUUCAAACUUUUGUCCGGUAUGUCUCGUCAAAUGUGCGGACUAGAUUUGCACCUUCACCAACAGGGUCGUUGCAUUUAGGCUCCUUGAGGACUGCACUAUACAACUAUUUGUUUGCCCGGUCGAAUGGUGGUCUUUUUGUCUUGCGUAUUGAAGACACAGAUCAGAAAAGAAGGAUUCCCGGCAGCGAACAGGAAAUCUACCAGGUUUUACGACGGUUCCACAUCGAUUGGGACGAGGGACCUUCCCAUGAGACAUCUUGGAACAACAGAGAUGGACCAUACGGUCCAUACAUUCAAUCUCAACGACUAUCCCUUUAUCAAAAAUACGCAGAGCAGCUUAUAAACCAAGGGCGCGCAUAUCGCUGUUUCUGCUCAACAGAACGCCUCCAAAAAAUGCAAUCGAUUGCUAGAAAAAUUGGUUCAUCAGGUUCUUAUGAUCGACAUUGCAUGUCGUUGACGAGUGAACAAGUGCUAGAGCUUCGGGGCCAAAACGUACCGUACGUUAUCCGUGCUAAGAUGCCAGACAAAAUGACGAGUUUUAAUGAUAGCGUUUACGGGUGCUUGUCACCAGGGUCUUCCAAACGAUCAACAGCAACGCCAACUGCUUUUCAUGACGACUUUGUCAUUAUGAAGUCGGAUGGAUUUCCGACAUACCACUUCGCCAACGUUGUUGACGACCACGAAAUGCACAUCACACAUGUUAUACGUGGAGCGGAAUGGAUCCCCUCCACAUACAAACAUAUGGAACUGUAUCGAGCAUUUGACUGGAAGCCACCCCAAUUCGCACAUUUACCACUUUUGUUCAACAAAGAUGGAUCCAAACUUAGUAAACGUCAAAACCAUGCCCAUGUCCAACACUUGCUAUCGGACGGAUUCAUGCCAGAAGCCGUGCUUAAUCAUGUUGCUUUGAUGGGUUGGUCGGGCAAGGGCAAAGUAAGCGAUUUCCUGCAAAUGGACGACAUGAUCCGAUUGUUUUCGUUAAAAGAAAUCACCAAAGGCUCCGUCACCGUUGACCUAGGGAAAUUGGAAUUUUUAAACAAACAUCAUCUAGCUCACAAAGCAGAAACACAAGCUGGUUGUUUUGAGCUCGCCAAGGAAGCGCUUCCAUUGCUUCAGAAACAAUAUACUGUUAAGGAUAGUGAUCUGGAGAUCAUUGCAAAAUGGGUUUUUCUGCUUCGGAAGCGCAUACGUAAACUCGAAAACUUACCCGGACUAAUGAGCUAUGUCUUUGAAAAACCACAGUGGAGUACUUCAGAAUUGGAAGAAUGGAAACGAAAUUUGGAGCCCUUUACUUCGGUUGAUAUUUUAUGUGACAUGAUCGAGGGUAUGGAUAGGGAACCAACGUGGCACGAAGACAAUAUCCAUCACAUCGUAGAACGCGUCAGCAAAGCGCAUGAAGACAUACCUGCAAAAUUCAUGUAUGCUAUUAUACGCUUUGCAGUUUGUGGAAACACACCUGGAGCUGGAAUAAUAAACACAAUCCAUUUGCUGGGAAAGGCAGAGACGAUGGAACGCAUGGAAACCUUGCUAGAUAAGUUGAGACGUUGAACAAUGGUGUCUUAGAGAUAGAUAAACAAAGACAAAACCUAUAUUUCUCGAGCUGCUUCCCGUAUGUUGCCUUGUAGUUACAUGCCUUUCAGACAUAAUUAUGACUCACAUUGCCCACAGCACAGUGAUAAAUAACAUCUCGGCAUAUGUAACCCGAUUGGACACCCAGCAGGCGAUG